AUGAACUUUUUGAACGAAACGGCAGACGAUGCCACACUCACGAUGCGAAUCAAUCAGGUGGACAUUCACGAAAAUUAUGACCAAGAAAAAAAGGUCAACAACAUCGCCAUUGUGACGCUCGAGUCGCCCGUCAAAUUCACGGACAGAAUUUCGACCGUCUGCCUGCCGAAAGCGUGCCACCAAGGCCUCCAUUCCGGCUCCCCUCAGACUCUGGGAUGGGGAAACGCCAAGGAAGGUGAAAGAAACUCGGAUGUCCUCCGCCAAGUGGACGUCAAUAUUGGCAGCAAAAAUUGGUGUGCUGAACACCUGCGCGGCGGAUUAGCCGACCACUGGAUGUGCGCCCAAACAAAGCAAAUUUUGUGUCAGAAUGACGACGGUGGCCCGUUGAUCCUGCGAUCAUUCUUAGAAUCCCAAGACUGCCCCUGGGUUCAAUUUGGCAUUCUGAUUCACGGAAGUGGAUGCUUUGAAAACGGUGAGCCGGAUGUUUACACCCGAUUGACAUCAUUCUCGACCUGGAUCGAUGAUAAGGUGAAUCCAUGGCAAUAA